AUGGAGAGGAUAUGCACAUCGAUUUCGCUGGCUAAUCAGGACCAAGAUAUGCAAUCAUGCACAUCCAUAAAUCUGCGCUACCUCGAGAGCAUCCACGACCAGGAUAUGCACAUCCAUUUUCAGGUGCAUGGAGGUGCCGAGGCCGAGCUGUGCACCUCGCACAGCAAGACCUUCCACGGGUGGUGCGGCAACAGCGCGAAUUGCGCAUCCGUCUGCGUCUCAGAGAAGUACACCGGCGGCUACUGCCACGGCGUUGUGCUCCGGCAGUGCAUUUGCACUAAGGACUGCGGAGGUGGCGACGGAGGCGGUGAAGGAGGUGAAACCCCGCCCGGCGGUGGUGAAGGAGGUAAAACCCCACCCGACAGUGGAGGAGGUAAAGUCCCGCCCGGCGGUGGUGGAGGUAAAACCCCGCCCGGUUGUGGAGGAGGUGAAACCCCGCCCGGCGGUGGUUGCGGUGGAGAAGGUAAAGCCCCGCCCGGCGGUGGUUGUGGAGGAGGAGGUAAAACCCCGCCCGGCGGUGGUUGUGGUGGAGGAGGUAAAGCCCCGCCGGUGAAGUUGACUGUGAGGAUCCUCAGAGGCCAUGCAUGA